UCUGUCUCGUCGGCCACAUCUUCAACCGCAGUCCUGGAAAACACCUUGAAGUCUUAAACUGCUGCAGCACGAAGCUGUUUGACUGCAGGCAUGAUUCUUUAACACAUAAAUUACUUUCAACGGGAGCUGUCUGGGAGGUGUUGUUAUUUAUGUGCUGCAGGUAACUGACAAACAGUAAGAUGGCCAUCGCCCACGUGGCUACAGAGUACGUGUUCAGCGAUUUCCUGCUGAAGGAGCCGAACCAGGCUCGAUACCGCAGCGUACGAACGGAACUGGCCGUGGACAAGAUGGUGACGUGUGUGGCGGUGGGCCUGCCCCUUCUUCUUAUCUCUCUGGCUUUUGCUCAGGAAGUUUCAGUUGGUACUCAGAUCAGCUGUUUUGCUCCCACUAACUUCUCCUGGAGGCAGGCGGCUUAUGUGGACUCUUACUGCUGGGCAGCUGUACAUACACACACUCUCCCUUUGUGGUUGCACAAGUUCUUCCCUUACAUUCUGCUGCUGGUGGCGGUGAUGAUGUACACCCCGGCGUUAUUCUGGAGAUUUUCAGCGGCCCCGCUCCUCCAGUCUGACCUCAGCUUCAUCAUGGAGGAACUGGAUCGCUGCUAUAACCGCGCCGUGACUUUGGCCAAGCGGAUGGCCACGUCAGGACUGCUCACACCAGACAGUGACCCGACUGAGGGCUGUUUCAACUACCCACUGGUGGAGAAGUUUCUGAUGACCAAGCGGUGCUCUCGGACGCUGCUGUUUUACUACCUCCUGUGUCGUGGUCUGACUUUCAUCACCCUGCUGUGUGCCUGUGUUUACCUGGGCUACUACCUCCGCCUGGCCUCCGUUACCGACGAGUUUGGCUGCACACUGCGUGUCGGCCUACUCACCGACGAUCCCAGCGUCCCAGAAAAGGUGCAGUGUAAGCUCAUCGCCGUGGGAGUCUUCUCUUUGCUGAGCCUCGUCAACUUUGUCCUGUUUAUCGCACUGAUUCCUGUGGUGAUCUACGCCAGUGUUCGGCCCCUCUUCUGCCAUGGGUACGCUCGCUUCCUGGAAACCUACCAGUCACUGCCCACUGUGGGUGUCCUGCCCAGUCCUGCCGGCCAAUGGGAUGAUCUCUCUCUGUACCUGCUGUUCCUAGAGGAGAACAUCAGUGAACUGAAGUCCUAUAAAUACAUUAAGGUGUUGGAAAUGUUGAGGAAAAGAGGAAGCUGCACCUCAGAAAACUUUGACGCCAUGGGUCUGCUGCAGACUCUCUGUCUUGUGAAGAUGGACACUGUGGAUGGGGCCAAAGCUAGCGGCCCCACAGGGAGACUGGAUGAAGUAAAAAUAAAUAACCCUGACCCUGCUGGCGGCCCUAAAUCCUCUGAAGCCGAAGCCGCUCACAACAGCCACAACCACCAGAGGUCAGCGGAAGAUAACAGCAGUACGGUGGAAACAGAGAUGAGAGAGUUCAGUCCCUUGCUGUCAGGAAACACAGAUGAAACAGGCAGCAAAAACGGUGAAGGAGGAACUCUCCGGCAACGAGCAAUGUGAUUGGAUGAGAGCUAAACGCUGUACAUUUGGACACGGAAGUGACUUUAACUUACCAUUAGACCAAGGUGCAUCCACAACUCCUGAACUUCUGAUGAGAAGAGAGUAGCACUAUCAGAGGUAUCACCCAUGUUUGAUCUCUGAUUCCAAGUAUCGUCAAUCGUCAGUGUGGUUUUUUUUUGGUACAGUGUGAAAUUAAAGGUGAAGAAGUGAUAAAGGAUGAAAAUCCAGACAAAGCAAACAUGUUGGUACUGAUGAGUGUAAUAAGAGGAACCACUGAGAACAAGACCAUAUUUAUUUACUCAAUCUUGGCACCAAAGAUCCAAAACAGACAAAUGUGGGGCUCUGUCCUAUAAAUGGUGGGCUCAGAUAAAAUUUUCCUUUAUCGGGCCUGUUUGUGGUUUUUGACUCUCCUCUGUGUCAGGAUGUGAUCCAUAAUUGCAUGUUACUGAAUUUUGAUGCAUGAGCCCAAGUUUUCAAUUACAAUGUAGUGAGAUUUUUUUCCUUUUCCACUUUUCUUGUUAUAACACAUGCCUUAUAGAUUUUCUUCACCUGGUUAAAGAAAAAGCAGUUCAGUGAGUAUGCAGUAAAUGCAGUAAGAGAUUGCUAGCUGCCUAAACUGAGAGGAUCUUAGGGUAGAGAUCAUAGACUGUAUGUAGACAUGGAUAGCAUGCAUCAGCCUCCUCCUGUUGGACAGGUGCUGAAAUAUGGCAAAAAUAUGGGAUCAACUUUCAGAACCAUUGUAUGCCAUGAUGCUGGUUUGGCCAAAAAAAACAAACAAAACAACUGAUAUAAUGUCAAAUGCCUGGAUUCUUCUGCUCUAUUAAGUCUGAUUUAUUCUUCUGUGUUGAAUCUGUCAUAGGCUUGCAUAACCUUGCACCUAUGCAGAAACCUACACAUGAAGCCUAACAUUAAUCUCCCUAAAUGACUGAAUAAUGCAUCACUUGCACACCCCAAGCCCUAUGAUUGGUCUGCUGGGUAGCAUAAGUUGACUGCCAGUCUCUGAGGUAUGUUGAGUUUACUCCAGCAUGAGAUAACUGUCUGCAAAUGAUGCAACAAUCUGACAAAUCUCAUGGGAAAUAUCAGAAGUAUAAUUUCUCAUUUAUGUGUUUGUCAUGAAUGAGUGCUAAAAAUACCCUAUUCUUCUUUGCAGUAAUUGCAGUAUAAUGAGCUGCUGCUGAAUAUUUUUCAACUCCAACUUAUUCAUAGUUUGUUUGGUUUAAGCCUCCACAAACAGCAAAGAACGUGACUGGACUGGAAAUCACACUGCUAACUAGCAAUUAGGCAGAGUAUUCCUGAGCUACACCGAUACACUAGACCAGUCCAGGAUGUACUCCACCUCUUGCCCAAUGACAGCUGGGUUAGGCUCCAGCCCCCUGCAACCUCAAAAAAACAAUAAGCAGUGUAGGAAAAGAUGAAUGGACAGAAAUGCCAGCACAUUAAAAUAUAGAACUCAUGACAGCGUAGACCACGGCAGCACAGCUAUGACAUGGGUUUGAAGCAGCAGUAUAAACCAGGCUUUGGUCAACAGAGCCAUCAGUCAUGGCAUUUUAUACCAUCAAACAAUUAAAAACUGAAUUUUGAGACAAAAAAAUACUUUUUAUGUAGUGGUGUAGUGAUGACUUAAAGGUGCAGUGUGUAAUAUUUAUCUUAGUAGCAUUUAGCAGAGCAAACUUAGUAAGAAUGAAACAUAGUUUGUUUUAAGUAUGCCAGUUUGAAUUAGUGUUUAAUCCUCUGAAUAUAUAGAAAUGAAUAUUUUUCAUUUACUUAGAAUAAGCCUUUAUUCAUUCAUAGGUGAGGUUCCCUCUAUAAGCUCUGCCAGCUUGGGUUUUGCAUCUUGCAUGUUUAUAUAGUAUCACAGAAGGGACAAAAUAACAUGCAGAUUUUUCCAAAUCUGAAUCUGAAUGCUAGAUGUGGCUAAAAUUCCCAGUUUUACACACUGCAUUUUAUAGUUUAAGAGACAUUUAUCUGACAAGUAUUUUGAGUUUAAAACUAGAACUGCCAAUGGGUAAAAUUUACCCAAGGCUGUUAUUUAAUUGUAUCUUACUUGAAGUGUAUACAGUUUUAAAGACUGUCAGUCUUUGACUUCUCCUAAAAGUUUGUUAAAUAGUGCCUGGUGUCAUAAAAAAAAAUCUUUGCCUGAACCUAAAUUUUUUUAAUGGACAUUUAUAUCUAGAACCACCAUGCAGGUCAAAUUUACCUCAGAAGAAAGCCUUGAUUUUCCCACUGUUUCAUUUCACGCCAGCAAUAAAUAGAUGCUGUCAUGGAAAUACCUUCUCUCUAGUGCUGCAAUGCCUAAUCAGAAGUCGAUAGAAGGGAAAAAAAAAGACACCAAUGAUAAAUGUCAAAAGAUAAAGUGCUUUUAAUGAAGAGGAAUACGGGGAUGAGGAAGUUUCAGGAUUAGCAAUCAGUCCAAAGACAAAUUUCUAGGUGACGGAUCAUCUUCCACCAGUGAUCUAGUUUGCUAUCUGUGGUUUAUAAGCUGUUCAAUGUCGGUGGUUUACUAACAGUCCUUGAUCAGUGCUAUUUAUGAAUAUCAAGGCACUUUGAUGACAGGUAAAUCUGACCCAUUGGCUGUUUUAGGUAUGUAGAGUUCCACGGUGGUUCUAGUGUUAAAGUUAAACCAGUGUCCCGUCUAUAAACCCAGAGGAGGCGGGGUUUUAUGACCCAUCCUGCAGCCAGUCAGCAGGAGGAGCCCUUGGUCUUUUGGCUACACUUGAGGCGAGGUGUUCUGCUGUCUAUCCUUUAUACAGUCUAUGGUUGGGAUUCAGAAGAACAGAUAGGUUUUUUGCACCUGUGGACUGAACAAAAGAAAUGAUUGCACCUUCAGGGAGAAAUCAAAUAUAUAGAUGCCUAUAACAUGUAUUUUUCUCUCCUGACCAGCAGGAACUCCACUGGUAGUGAGAAAAAGUCAUAAUUUGAUCAGAUUUUAAAGGAUUAAAUGAUAAAGUUUCAUACUUGAUCAAUUUGAAAUGUAAAAAUUAAAGAUUUUUAUGUAUUUAUUAAGUAAAUGAUGGCUCAAUUUUAUGGUCAUUGCCAUAGCAACCUAUAAUUUAGAGUAGAGCUGGGCAGUGCUUUUUCUUGCAGUCAUCCAAAUGUGGUUUGUUGUUACAAAAAGGAAAAAAACAUGAAAGAAAGGAAUUAAAAACAAGACCGUAAACUUGCAGUCAAGAGGUAGACAUAUCAGUGGCUCUUCCACCUCUCAUAUAUGGUGUAGGGACAGCCUUGUGAAACUUACGGGGGUUUAAACUGAACAGUGUGAUAAUUUCAGCUUUAACAUUGAGUUAGGGAAAUAACUGGAUACCGCAGAAGUAAUGUGUUUUUGCAUGACAAACAUAUGUGAUGUAUUUAUUUGCACAUGGGAGAAUGCAGUUGUUUUUGAGAUUGUCUAUCAAAUUUCAAUUUUGCAACGGGGAAUACCAAGCAAUGGGGAAUAUAUUUUUUCUUCCAUUGUUAAUGUCGAUUUUUUUCUCAUGUAAAGUGUAUGAAAAGUUGUGGCAUGGCAGCUGAAAUAACCUGUGGUCACAAAUGUUGGGUUCUUAAUUUUAGCAGUCUGUAGUUAGAUAAUCAAUACUGUAAAAAACAUGAUUCUCUGAAUUGUUUGGUGUUCUCCUCUAAAACUGGAUGUGUCUCAUGUCUGUGCACUGGGAUUGUUCUCUUUUGUGUUUAUAGGUUAAUUGUUGUUUACAUUAUCAAAGGGCAGCCAAAAGGCUGGCAAAUGUGGAUUUUUUAAAUUUAAUUUUCCAAGAAAAUGGUACAAGGUGUUAGAGCUUAAAUGUUUUAAAAUGUCAGCUAUGUAUAAUCAAAUAACAAACAGCAGGCAGCGAGCAGUUCACUGUCUUAAAGCUUCAUGGCUUUCCCAAAGAUUUUGUCAACUUUUUUAUGUCUAGACCCAGACUUGAACCGUUUUUGGAACCUUAGGGUUAAAAUCCCAGGUGAUUUGCAGUGUUUAUAUCAAACUUUCUGUAUUUUUUAGCUCUACCCACUGCCUCUUUGUAUGUAGUGUACAGAGAUGUUUUAACAAAUGUUCAAAAACUUGCUGUGGUAGAAUGUUUUUAUUCUUAACUAGUGUGUAUAGUUUUUCUAUUCCUAAUCUGAUGACUAAAUGUAGACAAGGUUCUCUUUGUGUGCAGCGGGACAAAAACUUUUCCAGAAGGCAAUCAGUUCAUCUUCAUUCCAGCCCUCACCUGUGGUCCUGAGCUUUGGGUAGUGACUUAAAAAAUGAGAUUCUGGUAAAAACGGUUGGGAUGAGAUUCCUAUGGAGGGUGGCUGGGCUCUGUCUUACAGACAGGAAGAGGGACUCAGAUACCUGGGAGAGUUUGGACUAGAGCUGCUGCUCCUCUGAUCGAAAAGGGUCUGCUGAGGAGGUUUUGGACCCAGAACAUAUCGGAGGGAUUACAUAUCCAGUCUGGCCUGGGAAUGCCUCAGAAUCCCCCAGGAGGAGCUGGAAAAUGCGGAUGGGGAGAGGGAUGUCUGGGUUGUUUUUCUUCACCAAAGCGGAAGUAGAUAGAUGGAAGACACUUUUUAAUGUGCAGUCUUGAAAAAACUGGAGUUUUGUGAUUCUAGAAACCUUUUCUACUGUUCA